AUGGCGGUCGACGCAGAGGAGCUGAUCAUCGCGCCGUUUCAAGAAGUUGUGGAUAGGAGCAAGGAGGCAAUAGAGAACGCCGAAAAAGCACAGAGCGACAAUGAGCUUGCGGGAAAACGCAGGUUGCUGGAGGAACUUCUGUAUGAUUUCGAGGACUUCAUGGAAGCAGACACCUUCGAUGCGUCAAAAUAUGGCGAGAUUCAGGCUGCGACGAGAUCAUUUGCGCUAGAUGUGCUGGACUUCAUCAAGAGGAUUAAGAUUGAGAACAAGACACCGACAACUCCAGUGCACGCCUUUCCACCGUUGCCACCUUUACCACCUUUGCCCCCGAACAUCCAAAUCCCAAGACAGGUAUCACAGCCUCUUCAGCCAUCUCAAUCCCGCAGCGGUACUUCGACCAAUACCAGUUCUUCGCCAUAUCCUGUUCCGGGAAGACAACAAAAGUCUCUAGGCGCGCACAAGAGUGGUGUAAGAACUUCGCAUGGCUCGUCCGACAGCACCACACUUCGCAGAACCCCUUCAUCAGCAAAGUCUGUGGCCUCGGAUGCCCGGUCCUCGAGACACAUUUAUGAGGCAACCAUUGCUCAGGUUGUACCAGCUCGACGAGAGGAGCAACGGGCUUCUUCUCCCGAUGCCCUCGGCGACGAAGACGAACAGUUGGGUGUAGCUUCGCCAAACGAGUUCUCACAGCCUCGAACAUCAGACUGGAUCCAAGCGCAGGCUCCGGUGCCCAAACUGCGACAUCCAAUGCGGCAAAGUAUCCCGGAGCACUCCGUUGCAACAAACACCACACCUAUCGACGGCAUGGUAGUCAGUCGUUUUAGUCGGUUUGGCCUUGAUCACACAACGCCACAGAGCUCGGUCUUCGACCCCAAUAGCCCGUCAACUACAAACAGAACGUCGGUGUACUCAGAUUCUGCCACUCACUCGUCAUCAAACGGGACAUCGCCCAAGAUUCCCAUCAGCGAGAUGAGGACGUCAUCACUAGCGGCAUUCCAGUUUGAACCUACUCCUCCACUUCCGCCACCUGGACAUUUCAGUGAUGGGUUGAUGCUGGCCAAUGAGCAAGCUGCAGCAGAAAGCAUGCUUAGCGUUAAACGGGCAUCUACGCUCAUUAAAGAAGACGAAUGCUUAAUAGGACCAAAGAGCUCGUUUCACCAAGCCAAGGGCUUUUGCGACGGUGCUCAAGCUUUCCGGCGAGGGGGAUACUGGCACGGUCUCAAGCAGACAAUGGCAUAUGGAGAGCCGCUUCCGAUCGGUCGCUGCUUGAAUUGCGAAUAUUACCAAGUGUACAAUGAGCUUAGCUUGGACAAAGAAGGAGACUCUCGCGCCAAUUUCUUGAAAUUCGGUCUGCUAUACCGUAUGCGAUUUCUCAUCAAGUCUCAUAUUUCAGCUCGAACAACAUCAGAGAUCCGAUACGCAUGUCUGUUCUGCACCCACGAUGGGCAUACCGUCCACGAGGGUGAUGCCACCGUUUUCUUAAGCGCAGAUCAACUUCUUAAACACCUCGCACGACACCCACAGCCACUACCCGAAGUUCCAGGCGUGACAGUCCUCUAUGGCAAGAUAGAGGGAGACCAUCGUCAGAUCGAGGACUAUGACGUUCAUUUCCCGUCUCCACCAGCUCCCAGCCUCUUUCCCGACAUGAACUCGCUCUUCCAAUUGCCAACAGCCACGGCCCUCAAGAGCCAUGUUCAGCGAUGGGGAGAAGUUUUGACGGACCCGGAUGGUAACACAGACGUCCUAAAAUUUAUGGCUGGCGCAAAGAUUGUGGGGAUUGAGUUUCCGGACAAAUGGGGCGGAAAGUGGUGUACGGGCUGGCACGAUGGCACAAGAGGACCCUUUCCAGCAAAGCAUGUGGAGAUUGAAGGUCCAAAGCAGAACGAAAUCUCUUUGCAAUCGGCCGGCGCUGUGUCUUUGACGACGAGAUGGAAAUGGGAUCCACCGGACAGCGCCAGAACGGGAUGGCUGGUAUUUGGGAAGAAUGAGACGAUCAAGAAUGUUGGAUGUGAGUCGCCCGUUGACGAAUUCUAA